AUGGCGAAGGCCAGGUCAAUGAAAAGGAACGACAGCAUGAUCAAGGGAGCGGUACGAGCGCUUCAAAGGAAGCUUUCGCGGUCUCGGAGAUCCGAUGAGCUUGUUCCCGAGGAUGUGAAGGAGGGGCACUUUGCCGUGUUAGCAGUUAACGACGACGAACCAAAGAGGUUCGUCGUGUCUCUGAACUGCCUCUCCGAUCCCGUGUUUCUGAGGUUGCUGGAGUUAGCGGAGGAGGAUUUCGGGUUCAGCCAAGAAGGAGCCCUCGCGAUACCGUGCAAGGCUAGCGAGCUGCAGAGUAUAAUCGAGGGCUCUCAGGGGUUCAGAGGAAGAGUCUGCUGA